AUGAAUGAAUCACUAAUUAAGCCAUCCCGCUUGAAGGAGGUAUUAAAAUUUCUAGAGAGUAAAAGUUACGAAUUUAAUCAAUUUCUAAAUAAAGGUAACUUUACUCGGUGCAUUCUUUUUAAGAAUAAAUAUUCAAAAAAGGAGAUCAUCGCCAAACUUGUCGUUAAGCCAGCAGUUGGAGAAUUGCAUUAUUGGUCAGAAUUGCGCCAAAUCAAUCUAAAUCCUCUCCUGCAUGUAGUAACUGCUGGCCAGGAUAUGUACAUUUUCAUUUCGCCUUUUGAAAGAGAAACAUUGCGGGACGUUUUAAACUCUAGUGUCUUCCUACAACAUCCAAAGUGCUUUCAACGCAAGUUAUUCUUUGUCAAAGGUAUACUCAAAGGUUUGGAAUACCUCCACCAAAAAUCCCUUUGUCUGCUUAAUGUUUGUGAUGAAAAUAUAGCUAUAUGUAAACAAACUGAGAAUGCUAUUAUUUGCAACUUCAGCACUCUGUCGUCAAUUGAUGAUAUUAAGAUUUCAAACAUUUCCCAUCCUGGAGUUUCAAAACCACCGGAAUUGAUUGCUUGUGGAAAAAUUGAUGGUCCUGCUAUUGAUAUUUGGUCGUGUGGAAUAAUAUGCUUACAAAUGUUUACAAGAUACAUUUUACCAUCGUACAAUCAUGGAAACAACAUCUUAAAAGGUUUGACAAUCGAUCUGCUUAACCAGGUUAACUUUGGUUCGAACUUUGAUGAAAGCGUCUUAAAUUUAAAAACCUUUCUCGGAGCACUCCUUGCAGAAAAUCCACAUAAUAGGAUAUCUGCAAGUGGAGCGCUUUCUUUCAGUUUUCUAAACAUGAGAUGCGAAAGAAUUGAUAAACGUGCCAGAAAUUAUUGGCGGAAAUUUGACUCCGAGAAAUCAAAUAUUGAAAAACCUAAACAACGAAAAAGGAGUAAUCUGAAAAAAUCUACUGCAUCAACUAAUAAAUCCGUUCAAAGCCACCAGACUAGUGUAGUUAAUGAACUAAAAACUAGUUUAGUUGAAGAACUCAGAAGUAGCUUAGUCAACUCGAAGAAAAACAAAACUAGACGACAGUUGUCAAGCUUUGAGAUGUACAAAUGCAGACAGUCUAAUCAAUGCUACCAAGAAUCACCAGUCAAAAAAACAACUUCUCAUCCAAAUUUUUAUGAAUCUAAAAAGAGCCAUUACUCAAGUUCUAGUGGCAAAUUAUCAAGUCUGUCUUUUUCGUCCCCAACCUAUGAUAGCAGAAUAAUUAAAGAGGUUGAUGAUUCCGACGAAAAUAUUUCUUCUACUUCCUCCGGAAAAAAUAUCUUUGGUGAGAAAAAUGGUUUGAAUCUUGAUAUAAUGGCGUUAAAACCGAAUCAAAAUCAUACAAUCUCUUUAUCAAAGGAGCCAGAAGAAAACUUUGUCAGUGAGUGUAAGACCACAGGUUCACGUAAAGUGGAUUUGAACUUGAAGAAAUUUAAAAUUAAGAAAUUGAGUUCUGAAAGUUCAAAUUCCGAACAGUCUAAAACUAAUUUUUCGUGUAAAAAGGGAGUGAGUUCUGUGUCUUAUGAAGCCUUCGAAUCUAGGUUAAAUAAAUCUGUCGAAAAUUCAGCUGAACUAACAGAAAAAAGAACAUGUUCUGGUAGAAAUGAAGAGAUAAAAAGAGAUAAAUUUAAGUCAUCAACAAAAACGAGAGAAAAGUUUAUUAUUGAACAGGAUACAAUUAGUUUGAGAAACGCUAAUUUGAACAUCAAAAUUUCUAAAGCUGGAACUCGAAGUAAUAAGAGUUCAAAUUUAAAUCUAUCUCAGACUUAUGUAUUAAGUAAAGAGAGAAUGUUAAAGAAAUCUAUUCGAAAUUCAAAUGAAUCCCCGAGAAAGUUCGAAUGUUCUAGCCAAAAGGAGUUAAGAGAAAAUCAAAAUGGUACAUUAAAGCUACUGAAGGAGAAUGAUGAAAAUAAGAACACAGGAUGUCAAACACAUGAUGCAAGUCUAAACUUCAAUCAAUCAAAUGCUAAUAGUCCAAGUAUAAAUUCAAAUUUCAAACCAUCUAGAACUUCUGUAUCUAGUAAAAAUUGUAAGGGUUCCACAUCUCAUGGAGAGUUCGAUACUAAGUUAAGGAAAACUGUACAAAACCACGAUAAAUCAACUGCGAAAAUAAACUAUUCUAAUCCAAAAGAGUUUAAAAAAACUCAAAAAGACAUAAUAAAGUUAAGAGAGGAAAUUAAAGAAAAUGGAUGUGAAACUGAGAAUUCAGAAUGGGGGAAUUUAAACAUUAUAAAAUCAAAAAUAAAUGCCCCGGGUAGAGAAAACACGAUUUCUAAGCGAUAUAGAGCUUGUGUACCUAGCAAAGCUGAAACAAAAUCUACAAUUUAUGAAGCUUUUGAAGAUAAAAAGAAAUCUACACGAAACCUCUCAGAAUCAGGUAAGGUAAUACAAUGUUCUAGAGAAAAUGGCUUAUUAGCGGAGACAGAAAAAAAUUCGGUCACUGAGUUUAAUGCUGACGAAACAUAUAGUUGUUUAGACUUCAAUAAAUUGAAAAUUAAGAAUUCGAGUAUUAAGAAUAUGGAAUCUAAACAAUUUGGAAAUGUUGGCUUGAGUACUAUAUCUGUUGAAGAACUCGAAACUGAGUUAAAAUUUACAGAAAAUUCUGCAAAAUCAUAUAGAAAGAUGGAACACUUCAUUCAAACGAAACUGGAACGAAAUCAAAAUCGCGAAAAUAAGUUAUCAAAAGAAUCGGAAAAAACUUUUAUCAGUGAAUCUGAAAUUGUAGAUUCAUGUAGCAAUGGUUUCGACUCCAAGAAUUGCAUAAUUAAAAAUUUAAGUAAAAACAGCGUGAAGUCCCAUCAACAUAAAAAAUAUAUAAAGAGUACUAAAGAUCUAAACGGCACAGUUCAUCAAAAAUUCGAAGCUGGUUUAUCCACAUAUAAUAAAAACUUUGUUCAUUCUUCAAAUGAUAGUAUGAGUUCGAGGGAAAAUGAGCUUGAAGCUUACAUGAUUGGUAAUUAUCUUCCCAACACGAGGUUUCCAAAGCACAUGGAUUCUCGUUUCAAGAUUAAAAAAACAAUUUCCAUAUCACUUGAUGCAAAACAUAUUUCGAGAACAACAAAAGAUUCUAAAGAUAUUCAUCCACCAUUUGAAGUUGUGAUUACAGAUUGCGCAGAAAUCGAUAGAUACAAAGAGAAAAAAAUAUAUUACAGUACAAGUGUACAGUACAGUUACAGUACAAGUACAAUAGCAAUAGUAUAUUACAGUACAAGUGAAGAAACUGACAAUUUCACUCACGUGUGUGUCGGAUUCGGACAAUGCGUUUGGGGUCCCUCAAGAUUUUCGUAUAUUAUGGAGUGGCCACACCGAAAAGUUUAA